AUGCGCUUCUCAACCCUCGUGGUAGCUGGCUUCUCUGCCAUCGCCCAAGCCACCCACGACGCUCCGGUAGUCCGCAACAACCCCAACGUCAUCUACGAAGCCGCCCUCCCCAAGCACGGCUUCUAUCACGGCAACAUACAUGUUCAAGGGAGCGUACGUGCCUCGCGCGGCCCGGGCGGCACGGGCGUCAAGUUCGACGUCGACUUUAAGAGCUUGCCCAAGGAGGGCGGGCCAUUCCUCUACCAUAUCCAUGUGAACCGGGUCCCCGCCGAUGGCAACUGCACCAAGACGCUCGCCCACCUCGACCCGUACGGCAGAGGCGAAGAUCCCCCUUGCGAUGCCAGGGCUCCGCAGACCUGCCAGGUGGGCGAUCUGAGCGGCAAGCAUGGCGAGCCCAAGAUAGCCCCUUUAAAGUUUUACUUUGUCGAUCCGUAUGUAUCGUUGGCGGAGGGGACUGAGGCCUUUCUUGGGAACAGGUCGAUUGUGGUGCAUUUUGCAAACAAGACGAGGAUUGCCUGUGCCAAUUUUGAGAAGGUGUCUGGGUGUCCUGCUUAG